UAGCAUAAGGCAAAUCAAAGUGUUAGGGAAAAAAAGUCAAUUAUAGUUUUCUUCACUUGUAGAAAAAAUUCUAUUCAUAGUGGCACUCAAGCAUGCUACACAUCACUUCUAAAAAAAUUAGCGGGUUUGACGUGAAGGCUCUUUACCCGAACGGUGUGCCCAAGCGUACAUUUCCAUAUCGUGAGCACCCUAAACAAAUAUCUACCGCUCCAACUGCAGGUGGAUUUUAUUUAACCAAACAUGCCAUAGGCUGGCCUUUUCAACUUCCUUUCGAGUGGUUGUUUUAUCGAUCUCCUGUUAUCGCUUUUGUCGGGUGUGUUAUUUACGAUUUGUUUUUUGGCUUUCCAUUACCUUUUAUGAAGGAACUCCCUCCAGGUACGUCGAAGCAUUUCUUUUUUGGAAAUACCGGUGGGUCUCCACAUCAUCUGUGGGAGUUUCAAGAUGGUUGGCGUGUACCCAACAUGUCUGGUGGGCGUCGUUGGUGCGAUUAGGGCGUCAUGAACGAGUCUGAAUUCACUACCACCAGGCUAAUUUAGUACAUUAUCAUUAUCAUAGGAAGAGUAAAAUCUAUAUUUUUUCUACUCCUUCAUAGGCAUUUAGUAUUACUAUUAUUAUAGCUCAAUACUUUUUUUUUAGUAUAUCACUUUGCCUUUAUAACGAUUUUUUUCUCAAUAUCUUGCUUCCAGGGAUUCGUACGAACAUUGUUGUUCAAAAGCGAUAGCCGCAUAUCAAAAACUCAACAUCUACUUUGGAUGUCUU